AUGUCCAAAGAGACAGCUGUAGAAUGCCCCCCUCUGUCUCUGCCUGAAAAUGGAGACCUUAACUGCUCACGAGGUGGAUGGAAAUUCAGCACGAUCUGUCGCUUUAAAUGCCAUCCAGGAUUCGUCCUAAACGGCUCAUCUGAUGUGACCUGUGAAGCCAACAGGACCUGGACUGAUCCACAACCUGUUUGUUCUGCUGUGAAAUGCCCUCUUCUCUCUCAACUUGUUAAUGGCAGCCACAGCUGCUCCGAAGAAAGCCAGAUAUUUAACUCAACCUGCCACUUCAAAUGCCAUCUGGGUUUCUUCAUGAUUGGCUCAUCGACUGUAACCUGUGCGGCAAAUGGAGACUGGACCGGACCGAGACCUGUUUGCACAAGCUAUAAACAGGCUCUGCUGGCUGUAGCUGGGUGUGGAGCCUUGUCUUCGAUCUUUUGCAUUUGUUUUUGCUGCAUGAAGCACCAAAAAAGGAAGAAACUUGCUCAGGAAAGGUCAGUGUUAAUGCAGCCUGAAGAUGCAACAAGUCCAUCCAGUGAUGUAGAUGGAGGGUCAACAAAUGGAAACUCACUGACACCCUAACAAAAUAUGCAGACCAAUAAUACAGUUCACAGAUUUUAUUUAUCUUGAAUAUCUGUUCUAUUUAAACACUACCUGAGCAAUGUAUUCAUUAUUUGUCUAUUGUCAAGUACCCUGUAUUAAUAAAGGCUUCAUUUCAUUUAGAUAGAAAAGCUUUUUAUCCAAUUUGAAUAAAAAGCUAACUCCGACUGCACUGUUCAGCUGUUAGUAUUAAUUGGAAUGUAUGUACGUAACUGUUGUGAAGUGCCU